AUGUUCAGACCAUGGAACCUCCUUGAGAGGGUCUGCUCAAUAAAUCCACCGUUACACUUUGUUGAUAAUAUAGGAAAUACAGAGUUUAUGCGUGAAGUAGACAUAUCAAGCGCAAACGUGCCUAUCUCGCCAGGAGUUUGGCGAUACUUGUUGGUGGUGGACAGUCGACAGUCUGAUUUCUCUUCCAUUGACAUUGCAAAGCUAGCUGAUAAAGCUGCGUCCGACUACGAUAACACACCUUACUACAUCACCGCGUCAUUAUCUCCAGAACAAGUCCAGCAAAAUAUUGAUUUCAGAUUAGGUGACGGUGUGGUACACGGUGGGUAUUUGAAUUAUCCAUUGAAAGAAAGCCAAAGAGACCCCAGAUGGACACUGGUGCCGAUAUCACGAGUAGAGAACGAAAUUUUAGAACCACGACUGAAAACCUGCGGAUUCACUGAAGAGGGUACCUUCGAAUGCGACAUGCCGUUACGCGAGUUCAUCUCGUAUCUCCCUCUCUGGGUCAAGUCGAUCUUUGUGCUCUGUUUUGCGGCUCUCGUCUUCUGUUUUUGUGUUAUGAUCGCGUGUGGAAUUCGUCGUUUUUGCGAAAAUCCUAAUCAAGUCAAAGAGGCGUCUAUAAUGUACUACAACAAUGAUUCACCGAACACUCAUUCGACAACAAGGGAGUACAGAAAAGUCGAAAGGCGAGAGUUCAAAGCGGCCGAUAUCGAAGCAAGGAUGCGCUUCCUGAAUGAAUAA